AUGGCUAACAUUGUUAACAGUGCGAACAGCGCUAACAACGACAACACAGUCUCACCGCUGUGGGUCGGGGGGGACCGCUCCGUCAGCACUGAUCCAGGUCAGUCAGUGGAUACAGAUGGUCUGGCUGAAGCUCAGAGUGGAGCUGCACCCACAGCUGAAGUUCCUCCAGGUUAUUUCCUGGAGUUCCAGGAGCCGGUCAACAACAUCACCCACUUCCAGGGCCAGACGGCCACGCUACACUGCAAGGUGACGGGGAACCCACGGCCGUCCAUCCGCUGGCUGAAAAACGAUGCACCCGUAGUCCAGGAGCAGGGUCGCAUAACCAUCCGUAAAAUAGAGGCGGGAUCCAAGCUCCGCAUCCAAGACUUGGACACAACAGACACUGGCUAUUAUCAGUGCGUCGCCUCCAACUCUCUCAAGGUCAUCUCUGCCACAGGCGUCCUGUACGUCAAACUAGGACAGAUGCCCACACACAGCCCAGAUGAAACGUCGCGUGAAAAAGGUUUCUGCCAGCCCUACCGAGGCAUUGCCUGUGCUCGCUUCAUUGGCAACCAGAGCAUUUAUGUUGAGUCUCUACAGAUGCAGGGGGAAAGUGAGAACCGCAUCACAGCCGCCUUCACCAUGAUUGGCACCUCCACCCACCUAUCGGAUCAGUGCUCCAAGUUUGCCAUCCCGUCCUUCUGCUACUAUGUCUUCCCUCUGUGCGACGACAGCAGUCGGGCCCCACGGCGGCGCCAGCUGUGUCGAGAUGAGUGCGAGGCCCUGGAGAACGACCUGUGCCACGCCGAGUACACCAUUGCCCGGUCCAAUCCCAUGAUCCUCAUGCAGCUGGAACUCCCCAGCUGCCACCUGCUGCCACGGCCGGGCACGCCCGAUGCUGCUUCCUGUAUGAGGAUAGGAGUGCCACCGGAGGAACUGGGUCCAUAUUCGCCCACAGACCACAGCUGCUACAACGGAAGUGGGGCUGACUACAGGGGCACAGUCAGCAUCACUAUAUCGGGUCAUCACUGCCAGCCGUGGAGUUCUCAGUACCCUCACAGUCACCACCUGUCCAAAGAAUACCCCAAGCUUUGGGGAAGUCACAACUUCUGUCGCAACCCAGGGGGCCAGAUGCAGGCCCCCUGGUGUUUUACGCUGGACCCUCAUGUCAGGGUGGACCUGUGUGACAUCCAUCCCUGCAAGCCCCCAGAGAACCCCAGGAAGGAGAUCCUGUUCAUUCUAAUCCCUGCCAUUGCCAUCCCUUUGGUCAUCGCUUGCCUCUUCUUUCUGGUCUGCAUGUGUCGCAAUAAGCAAAAGGAACCGACUGACACACCCAUACGCUCCCAACUAAGCAGCUCACCUAGCCAAGACAUGGAGCUGUCUCUGCUAAAUCAGCAAAAACACCAGGGCAAGCUGCGGGAGAUCAACAUGUCAGCAGUGCGGUUUAUGGAGGAGCUUGGCGAGGAUCGUUUUGGCAAAGUCUACAAGGGUCACAUGUAUGGAACCGCACCUGGUGAGCAGGGCCAGGUGGUGGCCAUUAAAACUUUAAAGGACAAGGUUGAUGUCUCUCUCUGUGAGGAAUUUCGCCAUGAAGCCAUGCUCCGUGUUCACAUACAACACCAAAACAUAGUUUGUUUGCUGGGUGUGGUCACCAAAGAGCAGCCAAUGAGCAUGAUAUUCACCUUCUCCAGCCUUGGUGACCUCCAUGAGUAUCUGGUGAUGCGCUCCCCCAACUCGGAUGUUGGCAGCUCAGAUGAUGACAAGACAGUCAAAUCCACACUUGAGCAGGCUGAUUUUCUUCAUAUCAUCACCCAGAUUGCUGCUGGAAUGGAGUACCUUUCCAGCCAGCAAGUAGUCCAUAAAGACCUUGCUGCCCGAAACAUUCUUGUCUUUGACAAACUCAGCAUCAAGAUCCUGGAUCUGGGCCUGUUCAGAGACGUCUACUCUGCUGAUUACUACAAUCUCAUGAGCACAAGCCCUUUCCCCAUUCGUUGGAUGUCCCCAGAAGCUGUUAUGUAUGGCAAGUUCUCCACCGACUCUGACAUCUGGUCUUAUGGUGUUUUGCUGUGGGAGACUUUCAGUUACGGUCUGCAGCCGUAUUGUGGCUACUCCAACCAGGACGUGAUCGAGAUGUUGCGCAGCCACCAGCUACUGCCUUGUCCAGAUGACUGCCCAGCCUGGAUUUACACCCUUAUGCUGGAGUGUUGGAGUGAAUUCCAAGCGAGAAGGCCUCGCUUCAAGGACAUCCACACACGUCUGCGUUCUUGGGAAAGCCUGUCCAACUAUAACAGCUCUGCUCAGACUUCUGGCACCAGCAACACCACCCAGACCAGCUCUCUGAGCACCAGCCCAGUUAGCAACAUCAGCAUGAGCACGGCGAAUGCAUCUCGUUACACCAGCCCUAAAAAGAGCUUGCCUUUCCAUCAGCCCCAGUUCAUGCCCAUGAAGGGCCAAAUGCAUCGGCCGAUGGUGCCCCAGCAGCUUUACAUUCCCGUCAACGGAUACCACCACAUGCCAGCUUACCCAUACCUGCAGAACUUUUACCCCAUGCAAAUACCCAUGCCAAUUCCCCACCAGCAGAUGCACCACCCACCACAAAUUGUUGCCAAAGCUGGUUCUCACCAUAGUGGCAGUGGAUCCACAUCUACAGGCUAUAUCACCACUGCCCCUUCCAACACUUCUGUCACAGAGCGAGCGGCUUUGCUAAAUGAGGACUCCAAGGCCAAUAAUGAGGACUUGGCUGACAGGCCAUCCCAGGAUGAGCUAGACCAAAACAAGGACUUGUUAGUGCCUGAAACAGAAUUGCUGGGCGACAUUGACCCUCCACAGACUGACGAACUGGUGAUACACUUGUCGGACACAUAAUUGUGGUUCUGUUUGAAGAACACUAGAGCUGAAAUUUUUCUGUGAGCUGUGCUUGCCAAAAUCUAAUGAGCAGCAUAAAGUGAAUUUAGACACUUUGUGGAACAGUGACUGAAUGUUUUCUAGAAGUUUCUUAGAUAGUGCUGACACAGACUUGAAUGUCAAGUGUGUCUCAUGUUUGUACCUCUCAAACUCCUGCAUCAAUGAUUAAGCAUAAUUAAUCAUGCAAUCGUUUAUAAACCUUUUUGUGAUGUUGCCAUUUAGAGGGAUUUAUGUUCUUGCCGUUGCUGUGCAACACAAAACAUUUUCUUAUCCACAAGUACUUUAGGUUGCCUUGCCUUGAUGGAAGAUAUUUUCACCUGCCAGCAAGGCCAUUCACUGGGAGGACAUAAGGAUGGGAUUCAUGCCCCCAUCGCCCACUCUCCCACCUCGGAUACCACACCCCUCUAUAGAGGCAUCACAACCUUUUCGCUAUUCCAGCCAAAGGUCAGAUGGUCCCUCACCCUCUUCCCACCCACUUGCAGUGCUAGUUGUGUUUAUGGGAAGACACAACCAAGGCAGGGGUAUUUCUACCAGAACCCAGAACUUAACCCAGCUGUCUGUAGUGGCAUUUUGCUUGUGCAUAACUUGUGCACUGCUUAAUGACAUUUCUGUUUUGUUUUUGAGGUUAUUAUUCUAUGGAUUGUGAAAGCCACAAUCAUAGAUCAAUAGAAUGUAUGAUAAAUAGAUAUUCUGUAGGAGUUUUAAAAACAGUCUAUUUGUAACUUUGUUAAGAAACAAAGAAUGAGAACCGAGAAUCUCUUUUUUUCACACCAUUGACUUAUUCCCCACGAGGUUGAUACUUUUAACAUCAAAUUUGAUAAACAAAUUGUGUGGAUUUGUUAUUAUGUACUUUGGUUUGAAGAUUUUAUUUGUUUAUAGUUUUUCUUUAUCUGUGAUGAUUCCUAAGCCUGGUCUUAGUACAAUGUCCUUUCUAACACAUGUUUGCUUUGUUUAAGUAGAUUUUUUGCUGACCAUGUAAUGUAAACAUCCAUCUAUGGCAUAUGCAAUAAAGUCAUAUAAAUAAAAUGGUGUAUUUCCCUCAAUUAGAGAAGAAAUUGAUGUAUUUUCACUUGUCGUUGCAUGUGCAGAUAGUCAAAUAUAUGGUACACUGUGCAGUCAAUUUAAAUUAGGCCAAAAAAUAUACUUUGUAGUGAAGAAAUACUUGUAUU